UCCAUUCAUUCACAGAAAACUGAACCAAGAAACCCAAGUUAAGGUUUUUUGCAAUCUUCCCUUCUAAAUCUUUAUUUGCUAAAAAGAAAUGGCCGGAAAAGGAGAGGGACUCGCCAUCGGAAUCGACCUGGGCACCACCUACUCCUGCGUCGGAGUCUGGCAGCACGACCGCGUCGAAAUCAUCGCCAACGAUCAGGGCAACCGUACCACACCCUCUUAUGUCGCCUUCACCGAUACCGAAAGACUCAUCGGAGAUGCCGCUAAGAACCAGGUCGCCAUGAACCCCAUCAACACCGUCUUCGAUGCGAAGAGGUUGAUUGGUAGGAGAGUUAGCGACCCUUCUGUUCAGAGUGAUAUGAAGUUGUGGCCAUUCAAGGUUACUGCUGGUGCUGGUGAAAAACCCAUGAUUGGUGUCAAUUACAAGGGUGAGGAAAAGCAAUUCGCUGCUGAGGAAAUCUCCUCUAUGGUCCUAACAAAGAUGCGGGAGAUUGCAGAGGCUUACCUUGGGUCGACUGUGAAGAAUGCCGUUGUUACUGUGCCUGCUUACUUCAAUGAUUCUCAGCGUCAAGCCACCAAAGACGCUGGUGUCAUUGCUGGCCUCAAUGUUAUGAGAAUAAUAAAUGAGCCAACUGCUGCUGCAAUUGCAUACGGGCUUGACAAGAAAGCCACUAGUGUUGGUGAGAAGAAUGUCUUGAUCUUUGAUCUUGGAGGUGGCACCUUUGAUGUUUCUCUCCUCACCAUUGAGGAGGGUAUCUUUGAAGUUAAGGCCACAGCUGGAGACACUCACCUUGGAGGGGAGGAUUUUGAUAAUAGAAUGGUGAACCACUUUGUACAAGAGUUCAAGAGGAAGAACAAGAAGGAUAUUACUGGAAACCCAAGAGCCUUGAGAAGGUUAAGAACCUCUUGUGAGAGAGCAAAGAGGACACUCUCAUCCACUGCUCAGACCACCAUUGAGAUUGAUUCUCUGUUUGAGGGCAUUGACUUCUAUUCAACCAUCACUCGUGCCAGGUUUGAGGAGCUCAACAUGGACCUCUUCAGGAAAUGUAUGGAGCCUGUGGAAAAGUGUCUUAGGGAUGCAAAGAUGGACAAGAGCUCUGUUCAUGAUGUUGUCCUUGUUGGUGGCUCUACAAGGAUUCCUAAAGUUCAGCAGCUGUUGCAGGACUUCUUCAAUGGGAAAGAUCUUUGCAAGAGCAUCAAUCCCGACGAAGCCGUUGCUUAUGGAGCUGCUGUCCAGGCAGCUAUAUUGAGCGGUGAAGGCAAUGAGAAGGUUCAAGAUUUGUUGCUUUUGGAUGUCACUCCAUUGUCAUUGGGUUUGGAGACUGCUGGAGGUGUCAUGACUGUAUUGAUUCCAAGGAAUACUACCAUUCCUACUAAGAAGGAACAAGUGUUCUCUACAUAUUCAGAUAACCAACCUGGUGUCUUGAUUCAAGUUUAUGAGGGUGAGAGAACAAGAACCAGGGAUAACAACUUGUUGGGUAAGUUUGAGCUGUCAGGCAUUCCUCCAGCUCCCCGUGGUGUCCCUCAAAUCACUGUUUGCUUCGAUAUUGAUGCUAAUGGUAUCUUGAAUGUCUCUGCCGAGGACAAAACAACUGGCCAGAAGAACAAGAUUACCAUUACCAAUGACAAAGGAAGGUUGUCAAAGGAAGAAAUCGAGAAGAUGGUUCAAGAAGCUGAGAAAUACAAGUCUGAAGAUGAGGAGCACAAGAAGAAGGUUGAGGGAAAGAAUGCCUUGGAGAACUAUGCCUACAACAUGAGAAACACAAUAAAGGAUGAGAAGAUCAGUUCAAAGCUUUCCUCUGAAGACAAGACAAAGAUUGAUAAUGCAAUUGAGCAGGCCAUUCAAUGGCUUGAUACCAAUCAGCUUGCAGAAGCUGAUGAAUUUGAAGACAAGAUGAAGGAGCUUGAGGGCAUAUGCAAUCCCAUUAUAGCGAAGAUGUACCAAGGCGGAGCUGGUACUGGUGGUGACGUCGAUGAUGAUGCUCCACCUGCUGGUGGUAGUGGUGCUGGCCCCAAGAUUGAGGAGGUUGAUUAAGUGGACUAGUUAGUAUUUGGAAGGAAUUAGGAAAAUAAUGUUUGUUAAGGUUUUUGGGUUUAGGCUAUAUAAAUUUUUGCUUUCAUGAAUUGUAUUGCUGUUUUCAAUUUGUCAUUUGUUUGAUAAUUGAAAACUAGCCCCGCUUUGCAAAUUGUUACUCUGGAUAAUAUAAUUUUAGCGUCCAAUUUUGCAAUUUCA